CGCGCAACGACCAUCGACCACCACCACCACCGACCCCAAGAUGGCGUGGGUGUCAUCAUCGUCGUCGCGGAGCGUGACGUGGGAUCCACGCUUGGACAGCUUCCAGUACAGCGACAGCAGCGACAGCGAAGAUGACGUGGAGCCUCUCGUACACUCGCAAGACAAUGACCGCCGUAGCGACAGCGACAACGACAACGCAAGACAAAUCUCAAGACAACCAACAGCAACAGCAACAGCAGCAACAACAACAACCUCGGCGAAGCAGCACCCAGCUCAGGUCACAGUCAACUUGAGAAAUGAGUCCAUACGGCAAGCGGGUGUGGAUAGCAGCUCUCUUGCAUUGGUAGGAGAGCGCGUCUCACCGCCAGUGUACUCUUCAGGCCCUUCUGUCGACUCCAAGAACAACGACCCUAGAGUGCGGAAAGACAAUAAGAAGCCCGAAGCCAUGGAAAACAACAACAACAACAACAACAGCGGCAGCAGCAGCAGCAGCAGCAGCAACAACAACAGCAACAGCGACGCACGGCCCAGCAGCGGCAAUGAUGACAGCGAUGAAGGGCCAGAUUUGGUGGCGGCAUUUGUCAACACAGUGCUUGAACGAGCGCGCGAACGAGCCACCUGGGUUGACCGGGCGACAACCCCGCCAGCGCAAGCGCGGCGGCGGCGCACACAACGGCGCCAGCAAGCCGCUGCCACAGUCGCCAAGCGCUCCCAGCAACAGCAGCACCAACCGGAUGCAAACAGUUCACGCGAUGAGAGCCAAGCAAGCACGGGCCCAACCGCAACCCCAGAAGGAAAGGAGGAACAGUCUGCACAAGCCCAUUCAGCAUUGUCGCCGUCACAGCAAGCAGAGCACGCAUCUACAGAUGUCUCGCCAGACACAGUUCCCACCACUACCACCAACACCACCACCACCACCACACCACCACCACCACCCCCACCCAAUGAUGCCGUUAGCAGCGCAGACACGGAAGAGAUUGACGCGGCGGAGGCGAAUGCGAUGCUGCAGGGCGUGCUGGAGCUGGAGGACAUGCUUGCGGCGGUGGAGCAGGAGCUCAUGCACGAUGGGCCGCCAAAGUCACUGCAACGGGCGAAUGACACGGACCACGAUACACAGGACGCACAAGCAGCCGUUAAUGACGCCGGUGCCAGUCAACAGGGGCGGCAGGGCGAUCAGAGUGCAGACACAGGCAACGAUUCACUAGCAGAUGGUGAUGGUGAUGGUGAUGGUGAUGGUGGGGCGCCCGAGCAAGAGCAGUUCCUCUUUGAGGUGCAGGAACAGUUAAAGCGACUGCAGCGGCAGCAGGCCGAGGCGCAGCAGCGCAUGCGCACGGCAGCGGCAGCCUGCAUCCAGCGACACGUGCUCACGUGGCUCUGUCGGCGGAAGCACGGGCCUGCGCUAGACCGGGCACACACACGUGCACGCGAAACCAUGGAGCAACAGCGCAACCACAGCGCCGUUGUCAUUCAGUCGUGCGUACGCAUGUGGCUGACACGUCAGCAGCACCUGCCUGAGCUCCGCACUGCUCUCGAGCAGCACGCGCAGCAACAAGCGGAGCGAGAACGUGCAUUUGUUGCAUUGCAAGCGCGAUGUCGUGGGCGUGCGGUACGGCUGCUGUUUGCUGAUGGCCUGCAGGAAGCCAAGCAGCGAGGGCGAAGCAAGCACAACGCGCAGCAACGCAAACUCGGGCGCGCUGCCGCACGGAUACAGGCCGCGUGGCGCGGGCAUAGGUGGCGUAAGCAGCACGCCGACCACAUCGAGCGCAUUGAAACUGGGGUUGCGCGAUGGCGGCAGCAGCGGGUGCGCGCAGCUGUCACCCUGCAGGCACACGUGCGCGGAUUGGCCACACGACGGAAAUAUGGUCCGAUUCUGACAGCGAAGCGUGAGGCGCGUUUGCAAGCGGCAGCCGCCCGUCGCCAGCGCGCCGCAGCGCUCCUUUCACGGGUGUUUCUCGCGUAUUGGGCAAGGAAGACGCACUGGCCGCAGGUGCUGGUGCUGAAGACAGCACGCGCCGCCACCACAUUGCAGGCAGCGUGCAGGGGGUUCGUGGCACGACGAUCACAGUUGAGGCGUGUGACAGCAGCCGUUCGGCUUCAGGCGGCGUGGCGCGGGCAUCGCCUUCGCCGUCGCCUCGCACGCGCUCUCCAACGCGUGGCGGUGCUGCACAGUGGUGGCCGACACUUGAGCAGUGAUGGUGCUGGCGAUGGUGAUGAUGGUGGCAUGUUUGACAGUGACGAUGCAGACGUGUCGUGGCUGCAGGAGAUUGGUGCGUUGUCGCUUGACGGCGGCGACGCCGACUUGGACCUGUCCUCGUUUGAGGAUGAGCUUGUCUCAAACAUCAGCGCAGUCAAGACAGUGCAGGUGCCGCAGCAACAUGACCACACGCACUACACGCACCACACGCACCAUCGCGGCCAUGGCUUUAGUGAUGAUGGAGACGAUGGUGAUGGCAAUGGUUACGAUGAUGAUGACAAUGAUGACGAUGAUGGUGGCGAUUGGGACGCACGCGAGAAUGAGUGGCGCUCGCACUCGGCCGGAGCAACGCACCCACGCGCGCCGGCUCGCAGCAGCAGCAGCGGCGGUGCCGGCCGUGCUCACGGUGACGGCGAUGGUGCAAAUGGUCGCGGGUAUCGCGGGGGACGGGAGACGGCGAGUGCCGAUGAGGCGAAGAGAAACGGGCGAAAGGCACAGGAGAGCAAAACACUUUUGCGGAGCUGGACACACGAGCAAGUCAAGCGAGCGACACGCGACCUUCCGCCCGUACGCACAGCAACGCCGCCACACUCCGCCGGCAGCAAAGCGCGGGCUCUCAGCGGCGGCGGUGGUCAUCACCAACAUCAGCGCCAUCAUGUUGGAAGCCGGGCGUCUGCCCGCUCUGUCUCCUCGACAACGACACCGAGCAGGAAAGGUGCCAACAGUGCAGGCGGCACGAGUGGUGGCAACGGUGGUGGGAGGCACUGGUUUGCUGCGUUCGCUGAGCAGCAGCAGCAACUGCGACAGGGUGCAGGCCAGGGCCGCGUGACUGCACAGCAGGUGCCGCAGCUUCGACGAGCACGACGCGCACAGAUGGCACGGCGCCUCCGCAACCUGCCCUCGCACUGACGCAGGGGGGGGGGGGAUGAAGGUGUUUG